AUGUCGAAUGGGACGUUUUCAACAUCGUAUUUGACGUUUUUGCGCCUCGCUGUGGGUCGAAUUGCAAGUCGACCGACGCAUUGCGGGGUUACCACCUGUGCAGUGUCCUCCAUUGCUCAACUAUGCCUGGAUCCGUAUUACCGCACAAUGGACGGGUUCCGUGUCUUGGUGGAAAAGGAGUGGUUGGCCUUUGGUCACAAGUUCAGCUACAGAACUGGGCACACGGCUGCGUCGCAAAACACGGCGUUGGCGCCAUUUUUCCUGCAGUUUUUGGACAUCGUUCACCAGAUUCUUAUUCAAUACCCGAUGGCAUUCGAGUUCAAUCAGUAUUACUUGAAGUUCCUGGCAUAUCAUUCGAUGUCGCAUCGAUUCAAAACUUUCGUGUUCAACUGGGAACUGGACCGAGUGGGACUUUCUAGUCCGAGCGGUUCCGGAACUGGUGACAUGUCGUGGUCAAACACCGGCGGAAGUUCGCAUCGGCCGAAGCUGGUUGAUUUCAUCACGAGUCACUCUGACGAAGAACUCGGAUUUCUCACGUUUAGAAACAAUGCAAAUGGUUCUCAUACGAGUUCUCCCACCGGGGGUCCUCAUGCUUGGGAUUCGGUGUUUGAUUACAUUGAAGAGCAUUCCGUUCGAUCGCCUACUUUCUUCAACUUCAUGUUUUCGAGAGAUUCGAUGACAACCGUCUUGAGACCCUUUAGCGGAAUUCCGAGUCUUGAAAUCUGGGAUUUCUUUUUGUCUGAAGAUUUGUCCAAGGGUUCAUGUUACGACUUCGAGGCUGCAGAAAUUGAUGAUCCUUUUUCGAAAAAGCGGAGGACUGUUUUAGCUGGGUAUGACUGCGUAGACGCUUGCAGCUUAUCAGGAUUUUUGCAAGUCCUGGAAAACCUCCGAACAGCACAAGUGAAGCUUGGCAGGCUAGCACAGAUGUGGAGGAACGUGUGGGACAAACUCGAACCACCUUCUAAUGCCACGCUAACCGUACGUGCAUUUGUGAAAUCCCAAGCGUUUUUGUUUUCAUCUGAUGAUCUUAAAGCAGAUAUGGUCAGUGCCGUGCAGCUGCAAGGGCGGCUCUUGCACAAGAGGGCCACGGUUGAUAUUCUUCUGCGAGGCCGGUUGACGAAUGAAAUCAGUCCUGGUGUCGGGGCUUCGGUGAGCGGCGAUUCUGGUCACCAAGUUUCGUUUAGUCACCCGCAUCGAUUUGAGCGGUGCAGCUACGCAACGCCGACGUAUUGCGACUACUGCUCUCGGCUUCUGUGGGGCAUUGUCAGGCAAACGGGAAUGAAGUGCAUGGAUUGCGGCUACAACGCUCACGAACGCUGCGUGGAUACAGCGCCGAAAAACUGUCAAAAGGUGUCUCCAGGGACCAUCAGCGUAGAGGUGCUUCCACCCGAGCCCGAAACGGAGACGAUUGCCCCGGACGAACCUUCGACCGUGGGUAUUUCCCCGGGUCGUCACGCGGCCUCGUGUCCACCGGAAUCGCACGGGUCCGUGGCCGAACAGGAGGACGGAGACGAUGUGCGAUUGAGUCAAUCGGCGGCCCAAAGUAUUUCCGUGGCGUAUCUCCAGGACUUGAAGGCCCUGCAGCCGAGGGGCCAGGACAGGGCAGCUGGAUACUACGACGGAUAUUUGUACAAGCGAGGCGCCAAGUUGAAGGCCUGGCCGAAGCGGUGGUUUGUGCUCGAUCCGAUGAAGCAUCAAUUGCGCUACUACCACUCCAAGGAGGACAAUCAUUGGAAAGGACUGAUAGAUCUGGACAAGGUCCAGUCGGCGGUUGCUGUACCUCCACCCUCAGGGUUGCGCGGAAUUCCCAAGGGAUUCGACGACAACUCAUUUUUUGAUGUCGUUGUGACGCUGCAAGAAGGAACCCGUCGAGUCUACAAUUUCUGCGCAUUCAACGGGAAUGCGGCGACGACUUGGAUCGAGAAGAUACAAGCUUGUUUGGUAUGGGAUCCCAAGGUCGGCGCAUUUAUCCUGUCGUCGCACGUGUGUGAGGGUCGCCGGUAUUCGAUAGAUGUCGCUAGGGGAAAUCUAGUUGUUUGUGGACCCCAGCAGAAUGCUUCUCGCUCCCCGAGACCUCCUAGUAUCACCACAGCCCGUCGUCUCAGUACAUGGCGUCGUUCGCGUGGCCUCGCGCCGGGCUUAUCGGUUUUUAUUCCUCCCGUGCGCCAGCGCGACAUCAGUACCGCGAUCCACUUUUCGCGUUAUUAUGACGCGCCUGUGAUAUGGUCUUGCAACUCACCCACAACAGCGUUGGGCAUGGGCGAGUGGGAAGCGUGCGCUGAGCCGACGCAAAGCUUGUUGCUGUGGGUGGGGCUAGUGUGCCGCGCGCGCGGACCAGUGACUGGCUGCGAGCGACCCAAUAGGGGUCGAGGCCACCGCUCAGCUGAUCGACGAACUGCGGAAGCAUAG